AUGGCGGACCAAAAACGUGAGGUUCGUGUAGAGGAAAGAUUGAAAAUAAAAAUAGGUGAAGCGAAAAAUCUUCCGAGUAGACAUCAGGGAGGACCAGGAGGAUACAGAGAUGUUUUUUGUGCAUUGACAUUAGACCAAGAAGAAAUAUUUAGAACUACAACGGUGGAAAGAACAUUAAAUCCAUUUUUCGGUGAAGAAUUUCAAUUUGAAAUUCCAAGGAGGUUUCGUUAUUUAUCAGUUUAUGUUUAUGAUAGGGACAAAAAUGAAAAAGUUAUCGGGAAAGUAGCAAUAAAGAGGGAAGAUUUAACGUCUUACAACAAUAAGGAUCAUUGGUUUCAGUUAAAAAAUGUCGAUUGUGAUAGCGAAGUGCAAGGGAAAUGUCAAGUCGGAGUAAAACUUGAAAGUAGUUUGGAUGCCAAUGGAGAUGAUAAAGUGGUUGUUAGGUUACUAGAAUGCAGCGAUUUAACUUUGAAGGGGGGCUCUUGCGAUCCUUUUGCUACCGUUACCAUGGUGUAUUCAAAUGGAAAACAAGAUUUGAAAAGGACCAAAGUCAAAAAGAAAACAAAUUCACCUAAAUUUGAUGAAACCUUUACAUUCGAAGUGUGUCAAAAUCACGACAGGGACACAUAUCAGGUUCACAACACGGAAAGAGAUGUGGAAUUUAGCGAAGUUUUGGUCACUUUGUGGCACGAUUCUCCCGGAAUGAGUGACAAUCUUUUCCUCGGAGAGGUUCGAAUCCCAGUGCGCGUUCACGUUAUACAACAAUAUGGAGUAAACAACGCUUGGUACUAUUUACAACCAAGAUCAAAUAAAAGUAGAAGUUCUUCCAAAUCUCAAUCGGUUAAUUCGACUCUUAAAAGUACAAAUAAUUUAAACGAACUCGGUUCAAUUAGGUUAAAAAUGAAUUAUGAAGCCGAUCAUGUUUUUCCUAGUCAAUUUUACGAGCCGCUGAGAAAAAUUUUGUUGGAAAGCAGCAACAUGAAGCCUGUCACGUCUAGUGCUGCGUAUAUACUCGGUGAAAUAGUAACAAGUAAAAUGGAAGCUGCUCAACCUUUAGUACGUAUUAUGACUCAUCACGGUCAAAUUGUCUCAAUAAUAAAAGCUUUAGCCAAAUGGGAAAUUUCAAAAGUAACCGAUGCAAAUACGAUUUUUCGUGGAAAUACUCUCGUAAGUAAAAUGAUGGAUGAAGUUAUGCGUUUGGCAGGAUCUCAUUAUUUAAGAAGUACUUUAAAACCAUCUCUGGAAGUCAUUUUAUCGGAGAAGAAAAAUUGCGAAAUAGAUCCGACGAGGGUGAAAGACACGGGUCAAAUAGAAACGAAUUUAGCUAAUCUUAAAGAAUACGUUGAAAAAGUAUUCAAGUCUAUAACGAGUUCUUCAUUGUCUUGCCCGACUUUAAUGUGCGAAUUAUUUCAAGUUUUAAAAGAAUUGGCCAUCGAAAGGUUUCCGAACAAUAACGAAGUUCGAUAUUCCGUCAUAUCCGGUUUCAUUUUCCUUAGAUUUUUCGCUCCCGCCAUAUUAGGACCUAAAUUAUUCGAUUUAACAUCUUCUCCCAUAGAUCAACAAACGAAUCGAACACUUACAUUAAUAUCAAAAACAAUGCAAUCCCUGGGAAAUUUGGUUUCCUGUAAAUACAAAACUUCCGGUUUAGAACAACACAAGGAAAAGUACAUGAGCCGAUUGUUGGAAUCUUUUCAAAAUCCUCCUCAUAUAGAAGCCGUUCGACAGUUUUUGGAAAUAAUAUCGGCGUCUUCGAGGCCGAACGGGCAAUCUUGUACCACUUUUGCUCCCGUUGUACUUAAGGAAGGAAUCAUGGUCAAACGUGCGCAAGGACGAAAAAGGUUUGGUAGGAAAAAUUUCAAACAACGUUAUUUCAGAUUGACGACUCAGGAUUUGAGUUAUUCGAAAGCCAAAGGAAAGGAACCCCUUUGCUGUAUUCCUUUGAGUCAGAUUUUAGCCGUGGAACGAUUAAACGAAGAUAGUUUUAAAAUGAAAAACAUGUUUCAAAUAAUACAAUCGGAAAGGCGAAUGUUAUACGUUCAGGCGAAUAAUUGCGUGGAAGAAAAAGAAUGGAUCGACAUAUUGACGAAAAUUUGUCAAACAAACACCAACAGACUGGAAAGAUUUCAUCCAUCCGCUUUUAUCAAUGGAAAGUGGUUAUGUUGUAAUAAAUUUCAAGAAUCAGCUCAGGGUUGUCAAGAAGUUACGAGGCGGGAAAGACUGGAAAUGACUUUGGAUCCCGAUCGAGAAUUGCAAAGGAUUCAUUCGAUUAUCAUAUCUCAGAUAAAACGUUUGGAAACUUUGAUAAGUGGAUGUUAUUAUUAUAAUCACGAUUCGAAUGCUGCGACGCAGUUUAAAGUCGAAGACGUCAAUUCUUAUUUGCACACGUUAAACGAAUUGAAAAACAUAUCGUUAAAUCUCGAGCAAGAGCAUAGGAUUUAUCAGAGGCAGUUGGCUCGGGAAACCAAAUACGGGAGCAAGCAAGCUCCCAUCGGUGACAAUAAUUAUUUACUCUUGGCGACGAGAUCUCCAUUCGAUCCCACCGUCACGCUACGAAAUUACGAUUCCUGGAAAAUUGGUAGCACGUCUUCGAUGCCGGCCAUGAUGCCGACUCGUAGUUGCACGUCUUUCCGUAGCGCGAGACCGGGGGCCGAUGGAGAAAGCAACGUGUACACCAUUCUCAAAUACGAUUAUUCUCCUGCCUGUGGUCAAUGUGAUACAUCAACAAACGUCCAGCUUACGACCGGAUCAACGGUCGAAGAUUCGUCUUCUUCGGGUAAAAGACUCUACGAAAAAAAAGACAUUGUUCAUCAGGGAAAAAAACCUUCGUUCCCCGAAAGAGUUUGCACCUCUUGA